AUUGGCCCCAUGGCAGUUUCUGAUAUUAAAUCAAAAGUUAAGCUGAAUCCUCUAACAAAAGUACCCAGCUCCCAUGGCAAGAGGGAUAAAGAUUUACCAGGAUCUCUCCCGUGCCAAUUACAGCACAAAGAAAGGAAGCUGAAUGCUUCACAAAUACAAGCCUUCCAAGAUGCCUACAACUUCUUUAACAAGGAUAAAACUGGCUGUAUUGAUUUACAUGGAAUGAUGUGCACUCUAGCCAAGUUGGGAAUGAAUCUAACCAAGCAUGAUGUCUAUAAUGAAUUAAAAUGUGCUGAUAUUGAUGGGGAUGGAAAGGUGAAUUUCUCAGACUUCAUAAAGGUGUUAACAGAUAAGAACCUCUUUCUUAAAGCUGUGGUUCCAGAAAAGGAGAAAUGUUUAGAUUUAGCUGGCAACCCAGGGAUCCUGUUGUUUGAAAUCCUAUCAAAGCUUGUAGAGACUUCGGCCUUACCCAGAAAGGCUAUAAUGGAAAUAGUAAGCUAUUUCCCAAAGAAAAUUCAGGAAAUCAGACAGAGAAUGUUAUGGAAUCCCUACACCAUGGCUUAUGAAAAAAGGAGAUUUAAGCAAGACAUAUGCACCCCUCCCAGCUCAAGCACAUUGUAGCUUUGCCCAAUGCUGCCCGGUUCUUAAUGAAGAAAGGAUUUAUUUAAAUUUCUUGAAGAGCUCAAGAGGUGCAAUCCUCCUUCAGAUAGCCCAUAUUCAAAAAUACCCAUCUUUCCAUUGUUUCCUAAUGUGGAUGGGGUGGUGAUGGGAAAGCCAUUCAAAGACAUGCAGAAAUUAGAAAUGCUAAGGAGAAAGGAGCCUCUGAACUUCUUUGAGAACUAUUUUUUCCAUAAAAGAGACUGGAAAGCACAGGCAGCAAAUAUAAAGCCUAUUGACCCCGUCUCAGGCUGUCCUACUGACAUCCUAGCCAUUGACCAAAUGCUCAAAAAGAAGCAGAAUUGGACAGUGACUGAUGCGGCAGCUAUUAAACAGCCCGUGAAGAGAGCUAUAGAUACCUAUAACUUGGGAAUUGCCCUGGAGCACCGGAAAGACAUGCUAAACCUCUGGCAGAAGAUCCGAGGGGAUUUAAUUGGAAUAGACACUAAAAAUGAGUCCUUUUAUGAUACCUUUUCUACUUACACAUGGUCCUGGAAUGUUUGCCAAGAAUUACUUUCACCAAAGGACUUAAGGUUAUAUGAUGCCUACAUGAAUAGGCAUACCUUCCACAACUCUGUAUUCUCUUCUUCCUCUGAUAUCAGUGAAUGUGACACAGACACAGGAAGAAAACGAAAACGGAAAGGUUUCAAAGGGUUUCGACGAUGA